AUGAGCGAUGGUUCAGGAACCAUCAAUCCUGCAGCUUUGAACGCUAGUGGUGGAUUGAUACAAUCAUCGACCGAAUCCGGCCCACGCGGCGUCAAGCGAAGUCGAUCGCCCGAGCAGUAUAGCGAAUAUCAUCAAGGCGACGACGAUGGCCCGCGCAAACGUGGCCGGCCAGCCAAAACACCCAGGGCUUCCGCCGACUUCACCUCCCAUAUUGACGCUUUCCCGACCCCAUCCAGUCAAACUUCGCCCGACCAAAACCACACACCGGUGAUCCAAGGAGGCUCACAACCACCAGCGUUGACGCCGACACAAACCUCUCCACCACGCACCAUCCCCAAAUCCACCAUCAAGGCACUGCCGACGGUUAGGGACCACACGAGCGAUGUGCUGAAGCCAGAAGGAGACGAAUAUCAGCCGCGCGAGGUCGAUGAGGCGGGCGAAAAGAAGGUGGAUCAUUUAGGCUAUCUCCAAGGCGGGCGCGAGUACAAAAUCAGAACCUUCGUCCUGCCCGGUAGAGGGCAGAAGCUGUUUAUGCUCGCCACUGAAUGCGCACGCCAGCUCCAAUACCGAGAUUCGUACCUGCUCUUCAACAAGAAUAGGUCCUUGUUCAAGAUCAUCGCGAGCGUCAAGGAGAAGGAAGAGCUUGUCAACCGCGAAAUCCUGCCCUACUCGUACAGGUCGAGGCAGAUUGCCGUGGUGACGGCGCGCUCCAUGUUCCGUCAAUUCGGCAGCCGUGUCAUCAAAGACGGGCGGAGAGUGCGAGACGACUACUGGGAGGCCAAAGCCAUCAAGCAAGGUUUCACGGAGCAAGAUGCCGCCGGCGAAAAGCGACCAGGUGCCGCCAGAGCCAGAGAAGCGGCAGCACAGGACCAGUUGAAUGCCCGAGCAACCGUGGCCGCGAGCUACGGUGAUAUCGUCUACAGCAAUGGACCGGGCUAUGGCACAGUCCAACCCCCGGCUCUGCAAUCUGGGAUUGCGUCGACCAUGGCUCAACUGGCCUCCUUUGACCCGGCCUAUGAAUCGCGAUACAAAGAUAUCGUACGCCCACGGCAUGAAAUUACAGGACCGCCAUACCAGGAUCUCACACGUUCCAGUUCCGACGCCGAAUUGACCAGUCAGGCCGCUCAUGCAGCCGAGUACAGCAAGACCAUCAACCAACAGAACAGGUAUCGGCGUGGUAUUGUUGAAGACUACUGGCGCAGACCUCACGAGCCACCAGUAUCAACACCUCCACCAGUCGAAGCCGAAGCGGCAACUACAAACCAUCCUUUCUCAUCCCCCCGUUUCCCCUCAACCGACGUACCAUCUACUCAACCGAACACAAUGUCUCACUCUACUCAGGCCCUUCAGGCCCCGAUGCAUCCUCCACCAUUCACUCACCAGCAGCCUCCGAUACAAUCCCCCGUCCGGCAACCAAGUCUUCAGCAAUACACCACACGUGAUUCAUCACAAUUUCCGCCUCAGCAUCCGGGCUAUGCGAGAUCAUCAUCGAGCCUAUCAACAAUGUCGCAACCCGCUCCCCCUCAACAGCCUAUGGCGUUCGGAAGUGGUGGGUUCUCUCCUCAUGCUAUGAACCAGCAGCAGCAGCAACAGCCACAGCAGCAACAACAACAACCGAGCUGGGGAGCCCCACCACCUCAACCUCACCCUUCACCGGGCAUUCAUCGUAUGACCACCCCCCAAUUCUCUCCCAAUCUUGCACAGGGGCAAAUACCUUCACCUCUACCGGGCGGUGCACAUGCUAGCCCACCACCGCAUCCGCAACAGAUGCAACCACCACAUAUGCCGAUGCUCCAUCACCAAGGCAGUGCCGGAAGUCUUGGAGGUCAGCAGCUAUAUGGGCCCGGAGCUGGACUGCAGGCCAUGGGUGCUGCCGGGUACGGUGCUCUGGCCAUGGGCGGCGCCCAGAGAGGGAUGUAUCAGAUGGGCGGCCAGUCUCAGUACAUGUCAAACCAGCAGCAUGGCCAAAGCUGGCCUUCUGGCGCACAGAGCCAAGGUCAGGCAGGAGGUCAAUGGAACCAAGGGUUCCAAUAG